UCAAAACGACCUCAUCUCAGGAUAAUCCAUGUAAGAAAUGUCUCACAUCAUACAAGAUUAUUAGAUACCCGAGAGUUUACAUUAGAAAGUAUACAUGGAUUAAAUGAAUGUGGAAAAGCCAACAUCUUUACAACAUCCUUGUAUAAUAAUAAGAAACUCUCUUGGAAGGGAAAUCCAUACACAUGAUCGGAAUGUUGGAGAGCCUUCAGCAUGAAUCAGCUCUCCUUCCGCAUGAUGAGCUUCAUACUGCAGAGAAACCCUUCGAGUGUGAUAAAUGCAGAGAAGUCUUUAGCCUGAAGCGGAACCUCACAGAGCAUAUGAACAUGCAUAGUGGAGAGACAUCACAUGAAUGUACUGAAUGUGGUAAAGUGUUCUCUCGGGUUUCAUCCCUUACUCUGCAUUUGAGAAGUCAUACAGGAGAGAAGUCCUACAAAUGUAGUAAGUGUGAAAAAGCCUUCAGCCAGAAAGGAAACCUCCUUUCUCAUCAGAAAAUUCACACUGGUGAGAAACCUUAUGAAUGUGGGAAAGCUUCAGUUCAGGGGCCAACCCUCAUUAGGCAUCCAAGACACCACCCGGGAAACAAACCCUAUGCAUGUAAGGAAUGUGGCAAAAGCUUUAGUGGCAAAUCGUAUCUCUCUGAGCACGAGAAAAUUCAUACUGGAGAAAAGCCGUUUGAAUGCAGUCAAUGCGGAAGAGCCUUCAGCCAGAAGCAAUACCUCAUAAAACAUCAGAACAUUCACAGUGGAAAGAAACCCUUUAAGUGUAAUGAGUGUGGAAAAGCGUUUAGCCAGAAGGAAAACCUCAUUAUCCAUCAGAGAAUCCAUACUGGAGAGAAGCCCUAUGAAUGCAAAGGAUGCGGGAAAGCUUUCAUCCAGAAGUCCAGCCUCAUUAGACAUCAGAGAAGUCAUACUGGAGAGAAACCCUAUACAUGUAAAGAAUGUGGGAAAGCCUUCAGUGGCAAAUCAAAUCUCACUGAACAUGAAAAAAUUCAUAUUGGAGAGAAACCCUAUAAGUGUAAUGAAUGUGGGACAAUCUUUAGACAGAAGCAGUAUCUCAUUAAACAUCACAAUAUUCAUACAGGAGAGAAACCCUAUGAAUGCAAUAAAUGCGGAAAAGCCUUCUCUCGAAUCACAUCGCUUAUUGUACAUGUGAGAAUACAUACAGGCGAUAAGCCCUAUGAAUGUAAGAUAUGUGGGAAAGCCUUCUGUCAAAGUUCAUCUCUUACUGUACAUAUGAGAAGCCAUACAGGUGAGAAACCCUAUGGUUGUAAUGAAUGUGGAAAAGCAUUUUCUCAGUUCUCAACACUUGCCCUGCAUAUGAGAAUCCACACUGGUGAAAAGCCUUAUCAGUGUAGUGAAUGUGGCAAAGCUUUCAGCCAGAAGUCACAUCACAUUAGACACCAGAGAAUUCAUACCCAUUAAAGGUCUGUAAGUGCCAUGGAUUUAUGAAGACCUUCAGAAUAUACUUAAUGAAUAUGGAACAUUGUUCAGCAGCCAGGUGAAAACUUUAAAAAUGUAAAGUUUCAUAAGAAGUGUUACACUAUAAUCAAAGUAUGUCAUCAAAACUGUGACAAGAAAUAUAAAUGGUAUACUUGGAGGAACGUUCUCAAUGAAGUUAGGAUCCAGUCAUGGACAUUAAUCAUCAUGUUCUGGAAGAUUGUCAGAUUCUUUAAGAAAAAUCUAAGAAAAAAAGGAAAGAAUUGGAAAUGGUUAUUUCUGUUAUGUUUUGCUACAUGUAUAACUUGUUGAAAAAUAUAUCAAAAUUGAGGCAGUCCUGGGAAAUUGAGAUUGAGGUAGAAUGUUGAAUCUGAACUAUGCAUGAAUGGGAGUGAUGGUGGGGGCCUCCCACUUGGGGAAAUCAAGGAUAAUUAUUAAAAAGUCUCGGUAUAGUUUUCCUCAUCUGGAUAGAGAGUAGACUCUGCUGUGAUUGUACCCUGAGAUACUGACAGUUAAGAAUAUAAUGAAUGCUGAAAGCUGGAAUGCAGAGCUAAAGCUAAUAGAAUUUAAAAUAAAAAAAAACUUGGUAUAGUAAAAUAUUUUGAAAAUUGAUUCCAGAAUAUCGUAUUAAUGUCACUGAUGUUUAUACAUUCACCCAAGAAACUGACACAUAGGCAGGGAGUCAUGUAACAGCCUUUUUAUUGCAGCAUGAAAUAUCAUAGUCCACAAGUGGCAACAAAUGGCUAUCUCUUUGUGAAAUAGAUUAAUAAAAUCCUAUAUAUUUCUCCAUCAGUUAGGUACAACAAAUAUCUGUAUUAGCAGCAAAAAUUAUGAAAAAUAGAGUUGAGACAAAUCAUGAAGUGGUAGAUAUACU